UGUAGCUGAGCGGCGCUGACAUCUUCCAGCUCCCUUGGUUUCACCAUGGACAGCUUCGAUUUGGCGCUUCUGCAGGAAUGGGACCUAGAUUCUCUGUGUGUCUAUGAUCUUGACAGAAAUAUGCUACGAAGAAAAGAAUGGGAAAGGAGAAAUCAGGAGACCCAGCAUGAAGACAGCAUAUUUAAUACCAGUUAUUCUCUCUUCAGUGAACCAUACAAGACAAAUAAGGGGGAUGAACUGUCUAGUCGUAUCCAGAAUACACUGGGUAACUAUGAUGAAAUGAAAGAAUUGUUGACCGAUCACUCCAAUCAAAGCCAGCUUGUUGGCGUUCCAAAAGCCUGUAUGUCACAGGCAUCUAUGAACAAAAUGGAGGAGCAGUUUGUUGCUGAAACUAUGACCCAUACUCAGACUUCUGUUUGCAGUCCUCAGUCUUCUUUGCCAGUGACGCUUUCUGGACAGCUAAGCAAGAAUGCAACAAUAGGUUGGCAGAAAUCUGGGCGUUGCUUAGAGAAUCAGCAGAGGGGGAAACAUAGGCAUGGAUUGUCAGAUUCACAGAGUAACAAUUUCAAAAUAGCUAACCAAAAGAGCAGUUUGGAAAAGAUUAUACAUUAUGUUCACACUCCCUCACCAUCAUCUUCAUGCAGUGCUAUUCAAGGUCCUGUAGCAUCCUUACUUGUAGAGAACAUUCAGACACAACAGCAGUCAAAAUUGAGCUGUGCCACAGAAACUGGAGUCCAGGCUCAAGAAAGACCAGCUAUGCAUAGCAAUGGACACUGUGUACAAAAUUUUCAUCCUGCACUUGCUUCAAAACCAAAUAUAAUUCAGCAGAAACCAACAGCUUAUGUGAGGCCAAUGGAUGGUCAAGAUCAGGCUCCUGAUAAAUCUCCAAGACUAAAGGUGCCAGAUGAAACCAGCACGCUCUGCACCUCAUACAGAGAGAUGUCUUCUGUUAAAAAUGAAUCAGCUAGGACCAAGUCAAAAAUGAAAAAGUGUGACAUUUCCAAGCAAGAAGAGGACAGUGGAGUAGGUGAUGAUGACUGUGUUGAAGAAAUUUUACGGGUAGGACUAAAAUGA